AUGGGAUGCUUAAAUGAUAUUUAUUUUUGGAGACAGUGUAUCGUGCUGUUUGCCAACUGCAUGCUAUCAGUUGGUACUGGUUUCAUGCUAUCGUUUCCCGCGGUUCUAAACCCAGAUAUACUAUCACCAAACGGCACCAUACAUGUAACUUCAGAUCAGGCUUCUUGGAUUGCUGGCAGCAAUGGGUUUUCAGGUGUUUUUGGGUUCAUCUUGGUGCCACAUAUUAUGCAAGUUUAUGGCCGAAAAAUUGUUCACAUUGGCUUAAAUUGCUUUUAUGUUCUCGGGUUUCUCAUUUUGGCCCUAGCUCACAACGUCUAUUGUUUAUACGCAGCGAGAAUAAUGCAAGGAAUCCCAAUGUGUGGUGUUUUUAUUACAACUAUUACGGUGGGAGAAUAUUCACACCCAAAAAGACGAGGAUACUUCAUCACGAUAAAGAAAACUGCAGUUGCAAUCGGUGCAUUAAUGUGUCAUUCCUUGGCUUUGUGUUGGACCUGGAAACAAAUAGCUGCAUUCGCAGUUAUUCCGAAUACUCUAGCGAUAUUACUUACGUUGAUGUGGCCAGAAAGUCCAUCAUUUUUAGUCUUCAAUGAAAAAUAUGACGAGUGUUGCAAAUCACAUAUAUGGCUUUUUGGAGACAGUUUGCAAAGUCAGAGAAAUUUAGAAGAGUUAGUAUCAAACCAAAUGGAAAUUAGAAAACAGUCAAAGGAGAAAAAUAACUUGAAGAAUGAGAUUAGAAAGUUACUGAAAAAAGAUUUCAUAAAGCCCUUUAUAAUUGUUUCUUUAUUGACAAUGAUAACAGAUGCGAGUGGAAGAUUCUAUAUGCUUGCUUAUAUAGUCCAAAUUCUGACUGAUGUCACAAAAAAUAAGUCCAUUGCUGCAUAUUGUACAAUAGGUUCUGAUGUUUUAACUUUUACCGCAUUAUUAAUAUCUUGUUUUGUGAUCCGAUGCUGUAAAAGGAGAACCUUAUUAUUUGUUACUGGAACAACAUGUGCGUUUUUGAUGUGCUUAACAAGUUUGAUUACGUUCUUAAAAUCCCAUUUUAAUAUUGGAGGAUCUGUGUAUUGGUGGUUGACGCCUUUAGUUAUAUUACUAAACGUUUUCACUAUUAACGUAGGUAUUGUUCCCGCGGGUUUUACAAUUUUAAGCGAAAUAUUUCCAUUGGAACAUAAAGGUAUAGGUACGGCAGCAACAGGUAUCGUUUUUGCCAUCUUGUAUUCAAUUGUGAUGAAAUGUACUCCGUUGAUGAUGGAGAAGACUGGAGUGGAAGGUACUUUUGGCAUCUAUGCAAUACACGUGAUUGUCGGUCUGUUGAUAUUAUACUUUAUAUUAAAUGAAACUAAGGACAAAACACUACAACAAAUAGAAAACGAAAUCAAAGGCAUCAAACAUCCUGGUGUGUGUUAUUCGAAUGAGAAACCACUUAUUAGUGCGUGA